UCUUAACACUUCAAAAGAAAGUGUGCAAAUGACUUUGAAUACAGCAUGUUAAUACAUCUCCACAUUUAGCAAACAAAUGUAAACACAAGCUGCCAAUACUUCCUCUUUUGGGAGAUCAGAGCUGUAAACCUUCAAUAAUGUCAAGCGUUCCACUCCUCGAUUUUCUGUGUGAGUAGGCACAGAAUGAGAGACUCAGCCACAGAAAGCCUCUGAUUCCUUUCCAAUACCACUCGGAGCUCCUUGAGACCAAUUCCCCCAUCUGCUAGAUGUAACAGUUGUGGAAUGAAUAAUUGGUGUCAAGUGGCCCCUGUAAUGCCCGCUGUGCUGCUAUGGGCUCAGCCGAACAUAAACACAACUCCGGCUGGCUACUUGAAGCACAAUCAGGACCUUGAGUGAGAAUUAUAUCUCACUUCAGGAGACAUCAAGGACUUCACUCCGCCAGACACAACACAAGUUCAGCAGAAUGAUGAAUGAUGACAAUCAAGACACAUUUAGAAAUGUCAACAGACAGCCAGGCCUUCAGAUAUGGACCAUCAAUAACAUGCAGAUGGUGCCUGUUCCAGCCCAAGGCUUUGGUAACUUUUUUGAGGGAGACUGUUACAUUGUUCUUAAUAUAAAUCAGAGCAAGGGCUCAGGCCAGUCGGCUGACAUCCACUACUGGAUAGGGAACUCCUCCUCUCAGGAUGAGCAAGGUGCAGCAGCCAUCUACGUCACCAAGCUGGACGAGCACCUGGGUGGGAGUCCGGUCCAGCACAGGGAGGUGCAGGGAAACGAGUCACCGCUGUUCAGGAGCUACUUCAAAAAUGGCCUCAUUUACAAGAAGGGUGGAGUGGCCUCAGGUUUUCAACAUGUUGACACAAAUGUCUACAACAUCCUGCGACUGCUACACGUCAAAGGGAGGAAGCAUGUCACAGCGACAGAGGUGGAGAUGUCAUGGAACAGCUUCAACAACGGAGAUAUAUUCCUGCUGGAUAUGGGAAAAGCCAUAGUGCAGUGGAACGGCCCACAGAGCAACAGGAGAGAGAAGCUCAAGGCCGUCUUGUUGGCUCAGGACAUAAGGGACAGGGAGAGAGGAGGUCGAGCUCAGAUUGGUCUGGUGGAGGGCAGCGAUGAGCAGGCUUCUCCAGAGCUCAUGAAAGUCCUGAUGGCAGUGCUCGGCCCAAGAACUGGGCAGCUGAAGGAAGCCAUUCCUGAUGAAGAACCUGACCAUGUCCAAAACACCAAUGUCAGACUCUACCACGUUUUUGAAAAUAGUGGAAAUCUAGUCGUUCAAGAAGUGGCCACGCAGCCUCUAACGCAAGAUCUGCUGCACUCUUCUGACUGUUACAUCGUGGACCAGAGAGGCUCAAAUGUGAUGGUGUGGAAAGGAAAACAGUCCUCCAAGGAAGAGCGGCAAGAAGCUCUUAACAGGGCAGUGGGCUACAUCAAAGCCAAGAACUACCCAUCCAGCACCAGUGUGGAUGUGAUGUCCGAGGGGGGAGAGUCAGCAAUGUUCAAGCACUUGUUUAAAUCCUGGAGAGAUAAAGGGCAAACUCAGGGUCUUGGUACCACCUACAACAUGGGAAAGAUAGCAAAGGUAGACCAAGUAAAGUUUGAUACGAUGGAGCUCCACGCACGUCCUGAACUGGCAGCACAGCAGCGCAUGGUGGAUGACGCCUCUGGAGAUGUUAAGGUGUGGCGUAUUGAGAACUUGGAGUUGGCAGAAGUAAAUCCAAAUACUUAUGGACAGUUUUAUGGAGGAGACUGCUACUUGGUGCUGUACACAUAUCAAAGAUCAAACCAGAAGCAGUACAUACUCUACAUGUGGCAGGGCCGUCAUGCCACUAAAGAUGAGAUAACAGCUUGCGCCUACCAGGCUGUCAAUAUUGAUAACAAGUACAAUGGAGCCCCGGUCCAGGUCAGGGUGGUCAUGGGAAAGGAGCCUCGCCAUUUCCUUGCUAUUUUCAAAGGCAAACUCAUCAUCUUUGAGGGUGGGACAGGCCGACCUGGCGUGGUCUCCCCUGACGGAGGUGCCAGGCUAUUCCAGGUCAGAGGGACUAACGAGCUGAACUCCAAGGCCACUGAAGUGCCGGCACGGGCCUCGUCUCUCAACACCAACGAUGUUUUCCUGCUGAAGACCGACCACAUAAUUUACCUGUGGUAUGGAAAGGGCUGCAGCGGGGAUGAGAGGGUGAUAGGGAGAGCGAUGUCUGAUGUGCUGUCCAAGCAGGACAAGCAGGUGGUAAUGGAGGGCCAGGAGCCAGCUGAAUUCUGGGUAGCUGUGGGAGGAAAGGCUCCCUAUGCCAGUGACAAGAGACUGCAGAGGGAGGAGCCUCCCCACAGUCCCCGGCUGUUUGAAUGCUCCAAUCAGACAGGUCAGUUCAGAAUGACCGAGGUGGAUGACUUCGCCCAGAGCGACUUAGACGAGGAGGAUGUCAUGCUGCUGGACACCUGGGAGGAGAUUUUCUUGUGGGUUGGAAACUCAGCCAACGAGUAUGAGACCAAGGAGGCAUGGAACAGUGCACAAGAAUAUCUGAGGACCCACCCUGCAGGCCGGGACCCUGACACACCCAAAACCAUUGUCAAACAGGGCUACGAACCGCCCACCUUCACUGGCUGGUUCAAUGCAUGGGAUCCUCAUAAGUGGAGCGGAGGCAACUCUUAUGAGGAAAUGAAAAAAAAGCUGAGUGAUCCAGCAUCUCUCUCACAGAUCACUGUUGAUCUGAACAACACUUAUCUCAAUAAAAGUCCUGUUGGGGUUAGUGGAGGUGAUAACAGGGCACCAGGAGGCCCCACAACCUCCCCUCCAGUCAACAGGUUCCACGGAGGAGAUCUGUCCCCCAGACCCUCUACUCCCACCAGCCCGUCCACACAGAGAGCUCAGUCUUCUGCAUCCAUGACUCAAUCCCCUUCCUCUAUCUACACUCCAUCAUCCCCCGCUGGUGGCACUGUGUCCCCCUCUGCUGGAGGCUCUAGGAUGUAUCUGGAACCAGAGCUCCUCAUCAACAAGUCUCCUAGUGAGCUGCCGCAUGGGGUGGACCCCAGCCAAAGAGAGGACUACCUGUCUGAUGCGGAUUUUGAAAACCUGCUCGGAACGAGUCGCUCAGACUUCAUGCGUCUGCCAAAAUGGAGGCAGAGUGACAUGAAGAAAAAAUCAGGACUUUUUUAAAAAAGGUUUGAUUACAUGAAGUCGUUGUCAAACCUUUCAAACAAAGGUAGCAUUUAAGCUGCUAGCUGAAAUAUGGAAUUGGCAGAGGCCUUGAUCAUUUCCCCAUCAACCGACUUGAAGUUCUUAAAAUGUAUACUAGAAUUAGCUUGAUAACAUGAUUGUGAUACAAAAAUAACUAAAUAAUGGCUUACACUAGGACUAUUUUCAAAUGUUAUGCUUUAUAUUUAUCUAUAUUUUUCAAUGUUUUACGCUGAUCGCACCAUGAUCAAGUUUUUUCAAGAUAUUACGGUCAAUGGCUGAAUCACUUAAAUCGUGAAUAAACACUCAAAACCUUCAA